AAACCCCGCGCUGCGUUACGCGCGCUUAUUAGUCAGAGUUCAGUAUGGCUGCCGAGCCGGUGAUCGUAAACCACGAGCGUGACAUGAAAAAUGUCGACAAUUCCACGGACAACAGGUCUUUGAAUUUGAAGAAAAUGAGGACUGAUCCGCAGAAUAAGGUUACAGUCAUCUUGGGGGGACAGUGGGGGGAUGAAGGCAAAGGGAAACUGGUUGAUCUCUUGUCCACAGAUGCGGAUGUCGUGUGCCGGUGCGGGGGAGGGAACAAUGCAGGUCAUACAGUGGUUGUGGAUGGCACGGAAUACGACUUCCACCUUUUGCCCAGUGGUAUCAUCAACCCAAACUGCAAGUCAGUCAUAGGUAAUGGAUUGGUGGUACAUUUACCAGGGUUAUUUGAAGAGGGGGCGAAGGCGACGAAAAAAGGUUUGAACGGAUGGACCAAACGGCUGCUCGUAUCCGACAGGGCUCACCUUGUGUUUGACUUCCAUCAGUCUGUGGAUGGUUUGCAGGAAAAAGAGAAGGGCAAAAAAAGUAUUGGUACGACCAAGAAGGGCAUUGGUCCCACCUAUUCUUCCAAGGCCAGUCGCUCUGGACUUCGGAUAUGCGACCUCAUGGCUGACUUCAGUGCCUUCUCAGAGAAAUUCCGCCAUCUUGUUAAUGUAUAUCAGAGAAUGUUUCCUGAUCUGGAAGUGGAUAUUAAAACAGAGCUAGAAAGAUAUGAGGAAUUUGCCGAGAAACUACGGCCAAUGGUUGGCGACACUGUUUACUUCAUGUACAAGGUGCUGCAGGACCCAAUGAAAAAGAUUAUUGUGGAAGGAGCUAAUGCCACAAUGCUGGACAUUGAUUUUGGCACGUAUCCCUACGUAACUUCAUCCAACUGCUCCAUUGGUGGUGUGUGCACCGGUCUCGGGAUACCCGCAAAGAAUAUAGGGGACGUCUAUGGAGUAGUAAAAGCCUAUACUACCCGAGUAGGAGAUGGUGCAUUCCCAACAGAACUAAAUGAUGAAAUAGGAAGCUUGUUGCAAGAGCGAGGUCAUGAGUUUGGUGUAACAACCAAGCGGCGCCGGCGUUGUGGUUGGCUGGACGCAGUACUGCUGAGGUAUACUAACAUGAUCAACGGAUUCACUGCGUUUGCCAUGACCAAGCUUGACAUUUUAGACGUGCUGGAUGAGAUCAAGAUUGGAGUGGCAUACAAAUACAAGGGUGAAGAACUACCGUGCUUCCCAGCUCAUCAGGACAUCUUGAAGGAGGUCAAGGUUGAGUACAUAACUAUGCCUGGCUGGAAAAGCAACACGGAGCAGAUCAGAACCUUUGAAGAUCUUCCAGUCAAUGCUCAGGCGUAUGUGAUGAAGCUAGAAGAGCUAGUCGGUGUCCCUGUGAAAUGGGUAGGAGUUGGAAAAAGCCGAGAGUCUAUUAUCAGACGGUUUUGAGGUAGGGCUUCUUGCAGCUUCUCCAUUAGGCUUUUGACUUGACUGAGCUACUUGGAAUCUGCCUGUCGAAUGUCCAGAGUUGAUACAAAUCAGGUACUUCAGCAAGUGCAGCCCUUAUAAUGUUGUAUUUCAACUUGAUAGACGUUAGCAGGUAACGGUGUGUAUUGAGUGUACUAAAAGAAAAUUAAUACUGUCUUGAAAUCUUCGAGAAACUCCAGCACUGCAUUUUUAAUGGGGUCUUCUAUCCACUGGUGUGACAUGAGCAUGUAGGGGAUGGGGUACCCUUUCGGGUGCUCAGAGUUUGGGUAAGAGGGCUUUGUAUUGUUUAUUUCCAUGACCGUAACCAAUGGAGUGCUUCCCCCAUAAAAGUGAGUACUGCCCUAGCCCCCCUACCCCUUUGC